GAUUAGUAUUAAUAUCCUAUAGAAAAAUAAGAUUUUAGGUAAAAAUACAAUUAACUAACAGUCCUACGUUGCGACGUAUGACGCAGCGGCCCAUUGCUGUCCACAUGCGUCGUUCUGUCUACUCCAGUUAAAUAAACAAGGCCGCAGACUGUUUGUUACAUUUUUAUUAUUCCUGUCCGGGACUCGCAAUGGAAGAAAAGAUAAAGAAAGAGUUGGGUACCGUAACGCUAAAAUUAGCUGGCCACUCUGAAGGUGGAUGCAUCAGCCAGGGCCAGAGUUACCACACUGACACGGGCAAAGUGUUUGUGAAGAUAAACCACAAACGCGAGGCCAAGUUAAUGUUUGAUGGAGAAAUGGCCAGUUUAGAAGCCAUCUUAAAAACAGGAACUCUUAAAGUGCCCAAACCUCUGAAGGUGAUCGAAUUGGACACUGGAGGAGGCUGUGCAUUUGUCAUGGAGCAUUUGGACAUGCGUGGUUUAAACAAGUAUUCAAAACAGCUUGGCGAGCAAAUGGCUGAUCUUCAUCUUCACAACAAAAGACAGCUUGAGAAAGUCAGCGAAGAGCAGCAGACUGUUGGAAAAGGAGCUGGGCAGUCAGAGGGAACUUAUGUGGACAAAUAUGGCUUCUCUACCACCACAUGCUGUGGUAUUAUACCACAGGACAACGAAUGGCAGGAGGACUGGGUGAUAUUUUACACCCGACAGAAGCUUGAGCCUCAGCUCAACAUGUUGGAGAAGUCAAACGGGGACAGAGAGGCCAGAGAGCUUUGGGCAGAACUUCAGCUAAAGAUCCCUCAAUUCUUCCAAGACGUGCAGACGUUCCCUGCUCUUCUCCACGGCGACUUGUGGGGCGGCAAUGUAGCAGAAACCGAGGAAGGCCCGGUGGUCUUCGACCCAUCGUCUUUCUACGGUCAUUCCGAGUAUGAGUUGGGAAUCGCUGGAAUGUUCGGCGGUUUCAACCACUCUUUUUUCAAUGCCUAUCACCAAAAAAUCCCCAAGGCGCCCGGUUUUGCCAGGAGAAACAAGCUUUACCAACUCUUCAACUACCUGAAUCACUGGAACCACUUUGGUGGUGGCUACAGAGGUUCGUCCAUUAGUGUCAUGAAGGAACUGCUGAAGUAACUGCAUUCAAGUACAAACUUUAUAAUGCUUAAGUCUUAAAUUGUCUGCAAUCCAUUUGGACUGGGAGGUAUGGUAGCGAUCAGAAUUGCACAAAAUCAUGUUUUGUUAAAAAUGUUACUAAACAAUAAAUUAGCAAUUAUUAAUUAAUUAAAAAUUAAGUUUGAGUGUCUCGAUAUGACAUGUUAAGUAUGCGCUGUAAUUUCCAAUGUCGAUUGAAGGCCAUUGAAUUGAAUCAUGGUAGAUGUUGCAAUAUCAGAAAAUAUCGUAUUGUUCAAAUAAUCAAUAUCGUAUCAUCAUGGAUUUUGUUGGCUUUGGCUCUCGACUUUGUACCCACAACGCCAUUCAUUCGUUUUCUGUUCUUGACGCUUUAAUAAAAACGGAGUAGACACACAAAUACCGAGAGUCUCAGGGUGCAGUCAAACAACAAACACAGGUUUUAAUGAAUGAGGCACGCACAUUUCAGAAUCUGACUCCCAAUAUGUAUCUCACGUUUUCCAAUCUAGUGGACGUAUACUUUAAUCAUUCGUCAACUGUUCUGGGGGUUGUCUAUGACUUCCCCUAAUAUGAUUAUGAAAGACAUGAGUAGACUAAGGAGGAUCAUGUUACAACUUUGUGGUCUUCAAAGGAUUAAGAUAACUGGGCUUACUUUUAUGACGCCAAAUGGUAUAUAACAUAUGAGUACAUAACAAUUUACACCCCAGUUUUGCACUCUAAUACGAACCCCCAACUUGUUGUUCAUGCUCCCACAUUGUGCUUCACUCCACAGCAUACAACGCCUGCAUUCUCAUCUGAAACGCAUAUUUUAAUGUCAAACAAAGCAGUUUAGUUACAUCCAACUAUUUCUGUAAUUCAUAGCAAAUAGAAAUCGUCAGCAAGAAAAUCUUCAUAAGAACUGUCUGACUGAUCUUUACUCUCAGAAUAUCCAGUCUCUCUGCUUUUUCACUGUUGAGUUCCUCCUUGACCACGAGUUCCUUACUGACUACUUUGUUCGUGAGGCAGCAUUUCUGGAACACUCUUGAAAUGAUGUCAGGGGAGACUGCCUCCCACGUUUCUUAAAUCCAAACGGCUAUUUGCACCAGUUCUGGCUUCCUCGCUUCGCCGCUGAGUCCUUGAAAUCAUCCACUCGUUCCACUUCUGCCGCAUGCGCCAUUUAAACGGACCAUCCCACGAUAUGCUCGUGACCUGCAUCUGUUCAGUCAAACCGCAAGGAAUUAUCACCAUAUCCAUUGACGUUUCUGUUACCAUCUUUUCGAUGGCCGGCACCUUGGCACCACCGCAGCAACGUUAGCAUUUUGCGACCUUUUGUUUCACUCUUAGACCAUACUGAUUUAAACCAAUCUUGAGUAAGUGGAGUAUGCAUCCGCUUGGGUGGCAUCGGACUAUCACGCUGUUUGGCCACUGGACUUCUCAGGAAGAGUUUAAAGACGAUGUACGGGUUCAAUUUCCCACCAAUUCAGCAACAGAUAUCACUGUUGUUUUAAAAGCUGAAGAAUAACUUGCUCUUUUAUGUGACAUUUUUUAACGGUGCGUUUCUGCCGUCUACGGGUGGAAAUGUAUGGCUUGCCAUGACAUGGUAAGAUGUUGCUGUGGUAUGGGGUGCAGCCCUUUGUCAACAGCCUUCACAGCAUUCCUGCUUGGAAACAGGAGAAGAGUUAAGUUGUAGCGUAUAUUUGGAUGUGAGCUUUAAUAAAGAAAAAAACUCAGUAAUAUCAAAAAAGAUGUGUGUCAUCCUUACAUUUUAUCUGAUUCAAAAAAAAAUUCUGUUACCUGUAAAUAUGUAUUGCAAACAGCAUUAUGUUGUAUCUUUCAUGAUG